AUGGAGACUAUUCCCAACAACUAUGGACUGAUAUUUGCCUGCACAUGUGGUGUGAUCUUGGGGAUUGGCUUCUGUGCAAACCUGCUAGUGUUCUCACUCUUUGCCAAGUACAACACCUUACGCAAGAACCGCCUGGACCUCCUGCUGCUGAGCAUGGCUCUGGCUGAUUUUCUGACCCUUCUCCUCAUCCCCUUCACCCUCCACUCUGCAGUGCGUCACGACUGGCCCUUGAGUGAUACCUUCUGCAAGAUCUACCAGUUUUCCCUGGCCUUCUCCCUUGCGGCCAGCACCUACUCCCUCUGUGCCGUCUCUAUAACAAGAGCCAUGAUCAUCACCAAUCCUCACCGGCCCCCGGAGAUGGACCUGGUCAUCUUCAUGUUCAUCAUGGUCUGGGCCCUCAGCUUUUUCAUCAGUUUCCCUCUGCGAAUCUUUGCCACAAAGGAAACCGGGACCGUAAAAAACUUCACCUUCUGUCUGCCCACAAUUCAUGAGCACCACUACCAGGUGGUCUUGGGACAGUUUGUCCUUUACUACUUCAUUCCCAUGCUGGUGAUUGCCUUCAACUACAUCCGGCUGGCCCUCUUUCUUCACAAGAGCCCCAUGAUGUCCAUGGCCAGCGCCAGAAACACCCGGCGAGCCUCCAUCAUGGUCUUUCUUGCUGCUGCUACCUUUUCCGUGUGUUGGCUUCCAGGUUAUGUGCUGGAACUGUGUGUCUACCUGGGGCUCUACCGCCACGGUCAGUCCUGGGAAAUGUUCUACUUUGUGUGUACAGUGCUGCAGUAUCUCCAUCCUUGUGUCAAUCCUGUGCUCUAUGUCCUUUUGUCCAAGAGGUACCGCCACAGAAGAGUUGGAUGGAUUUUCAACUGUCACAGAACCAAAGUGCAUCCUCAGAUUAUAAGCGUAACAGAAAGUUCUUCCUAA